ACCUUAUCGGUUCUUAAAGCAAUGGUUCUUCGCGUUGGAUAUGUUCGCGAACACUUCUCGAGCCCUCUCCUUCAGCUCGCAAAAGAGGACAACGGCACCACGUUCACUCUCGUUGAAUGUCCGAGUGGAACUGGGCAGUUGAUUUCGAGACUCACGAACGACGAGAUCGACAUUGCAAUUGCACUCACAGAUGCCCUUAUUACCGGAAUUGCGAAAGGAUCCAAGGCCUAUAAGCUCGUGGGGAGCUACGUAGCGACCCCUCUGAACUGGGCUGUCAUCACUGGGACCAAGGCGGAGUACAAUGGUAUUCCCGACCUCAAGGGAACAACCCUAGGUAUCUCGCGAUAUGGAAGUGGAAGCCAGAUCAUGGCCUAUGUCAUGGCUCUGCAACAGGGCUGGCCAACUGACGACCUGAAAUUCCAAGUCAAUAACGACAUCCAUGGCUUGAUCGACUCGGUCAAUGAAGGGUCAACCAGUGCUUUCAUGUGGGAGUGGUUCACCACCAAACCUUUUGUGGAUGCCGGGAAAGCUCGAUUUAUCGGAUCCGUCCCAACACCUUGGCCUUCCUGGCUCAUUGCCGCACAUCCUGACCGAGCAUCGCCGGAAGCGACCUCAUCCUUCCUCCAAAGAUUGGACAAGUUCGUUCACGAAUUUGACUCGGAAGAACGCCGUGCAAACGACAAUGUCGAGUUCAUCAAAGAACAGUUUGGAUACCCUGAAGAAGACAUUAAGGCAUGGCUAAAGACCGUUCGAUACCCAUCUAACAUCUUGGAAAUCCCAACGAAUGUUCUUACAGACACACUGAGUUAUUUGGAAAAGGCCAGUGUAGUGACUCCUCCCGAGGGGGGCUUCGAUGUUCGGGACUUCGUUUCUGAGAAGGUGGUGAAGUUGACAUAAUGAACGGCGA